AAAGAAGAUCAUAUUGUAAUGAAAAAAGAUAUUGCUGAUAUGAAAACAAAGAUGAAUGACAUUGAGGACGGAAUGAAACGUUUCUUUGAUUUUAUGGAGGUUUUUAUGAAGAAACAUGAUGCAAAGAAGGAAGUUCCUGGUGAAGGGCAAGGAGAAGGAGAAGAGGAGAAGGUGAAGAACAAAGAUCAGAAGUCUUCUUCUCAAGAGGAGAAAUUCUUAUUUGAAGAUGAUUUGCAUCAAAGUAUGAAUGACUUCAACACUGUAGAAUGUGUUGCUCCUUUAGCAAUUAUCCCGGUUUCCAAUGUCGAACCAAUACAAAAUGAUCUUGAAGAAUUUUCAACAAAUAAAUUUGAUAUUGGCCAUGACAAAGAUUUUGAGACCACUCCAACUUUUAAUAUUUUAUCCCAAUCAUCAAAUGACAAUCAUGAGGUUAAGAAAAAAUACUCAAGAAAGAAAAGGGAAAGGAAACCAAGUAAAUUUGUUUCUUCUCCAUAUACUCAUAAUUUGUCAGCAAUUGUUUUUGGUUUGUCCAAUGAACGAAGAAAAAAGAAAGAACAUUUCGUUGGACGAUUUCCUUUCGAGAGCGAAUUUGAUGAUAUGCCUUCAACGGAGUUGGAAGAAAGAUUCAUGUCAUGGUACAAGCUUGGCCUUAAGAAGUAUAGGUCUAAAAAAGAACCCUUCCAUCCAUUUUAUGCAACAAUGCAUGGGUUUGUAUAUGGCGAUCAAUACAUUAAUUAUAAGAAGUGGUUCUAUGAUCUAUAUGACAAGAAUGGCCUCCUUGAUGAUAGUCAUAUUUCAAUAUCACUUUAUUAUUUGAGAAGGAAGGCUAUUUGUCAUACUUGCUUGCCUUCAUUUCAAAACUGUACUACAUCGGACUAUAUUUUUGAUGCAUUUCUUAGGCAAGUAACGGUUAGUGAAGAAGAAAUAGAAAAUUAUAAUUGGAAUAAGGAAGUGAUUAUAAUAGAUAGAAUAUUUGGAAAAUCAAUGCCGUGUGGGAAGUCAUGGUUAGAAGUCGAUUUUGUAUAUGUGCCAUUUUUUAUUUUAGGUGAAACUCACCUAAAUCAUUGGUGCUUAGGUGUUCUUGACAUUGAUAAAAGAAAAAUCUGUAUUUAUGAUUCUUACUACCAAGAUGGUGAAGAAAGCGUAAGAAAUCAUGUAAAGAAAUAUUGCCAACUUCUUCCGUAUAUUUUCGACUUCUUACGUUUCCAUGAAAAAAGAAAAGGAUAUACUUCAGGUUGUGAGGAGUUCGAGUAUUCAUGGGUACAAUGUCCAUUUCAAGUUAAUAUGACUGAUUGUGGGAUUUAUCUCAUAAAGUUCGUUGAAUUACUGAUGGCAGGGAAAUCGGUUUUUGAAAUUGGACCAGAUAAUGCAUUUUCUAUGCGGAAGAAAAUGGCAAUAGAAUUGUGGAUUCAUGGUAACGUCAAGCACAUGAAUGAAGGAUAUGAAACUCCCACUAAUGAUGUAUGCAUACAUUAAUUAUAGAAAAUGCACCAUUGGUUUUAAUUUCAAAGAUUAUAGAUUUUAGAGUUUUUCAUUUUGCUAAAACUUAGAGCUUUGUAAUU